UCGAGAGAACAACAACUCAAUGCAAUAUUAACACAUACAUCAGUAUGUGGGCUUUCAUCUUAUAUUUCAUCUGCGUGGAAGUGGGUGGAGAAAUUAAUGAUGUUGAAACAGUUAAAGUGAUGGAGGGAGGUGUUCUCAAUCUACAUCCUGGACUUGAAGAUCUAAAGGGAGACGUUCAGAUAAUGUGGACGUCUGAAAGUGGCAGAGAAAAUAAUCGUCUCGCACAGAUGCAUCAAGGGAAAAUUUACACUCAUUAUGACAUGAGAUUCACAGGCAGAGUGCAGUUAGACCGAAAAACUGGAAUUUUAACCAUCAUGGACAUCAGGACUAAUGAAUCUGGACUGUAUGAAGCCUUAAUCAUCAUCAAUACACUCAUCACAGGACGGAGAUACAAAGUUCAUGUUUAUGCACCUGUCUCUGUACCAGCCAUCAGGAGCAGCUCAUCAGUUAGUGUGCACCAAUCGACAGGUACAUCACAGGAAACAGAGGAGUUCUGCUCUGUGUUGUGUUCUGUGAAAAAUGAUCAAGGCGUGUUCAUCUCGUGGUAUAAAGGAGGUGAAAUGCUGAAACAGACCAGCAAUCCUGAUCUCAACAUCAACCUCAGUUUAGCAUUAGAGCUUCAUUAUAAUGAUCCAGAGACCUACAGCUGCACGGCUGUGAAUCCAGUGAGCAAUAAGACUGUCCAUCUUCAUAUGAAAGAGAUCUGCCCACGACGUGAAGAUUGUCUGGAUCACUGUGGCGUCACUGAGGCUCUGAUUCGUCUGGUUCUGUCUGGUCUGGUGGGAAUCGUCGCUGUUGGAUUUCUUAUCGAUCAUUUGAGGUUCUGCUCAUCUCAGAAAAGAGCUGCUGCUGCUGCUGUGUGCUGAAGAUACUUUUGUGAGAUUUGGUGUAAUUGCCCUUUCCUUUUACACUCUUAAAAAUAGAUUUUGGUCCUGUUGUAUUUUA